GCUAAUAAAAAAAAAAAAGGAACUACGUAAUGACUAAUCUCCAUUUCUUUUCCCUCUCCUUGCUGGCCGUGGUAACCCUAGCGGUUACCAUUAACGGCAUCCACGCAAUCAACGUUUACGACUUCAAUAACAGAGCCGGAUCCAGCGCUGGAUAUGUCCGCUUCAACAGAGAAAUCGGAGUGUCGUAUGCCAGGCUGACUCUCAUAACUGCCACGUACGAUAUAUGGAGAUGGUUCGAGCAAUAUUCAGCUGCGCAACGAAAGGACAUCAAUCGACUCGUCUUGAUCCUCGAAAACUUCCCCAACAGCCAGGCUCAAGUCCCGGCAUAUGCAACGACCAACGAGAUCCAUCUCAACGCAAGGUACAUCGCGAGCUAUUCCGGCGAUGUCAAGAGGGAGAUCGCAGGGGUUCUAUACCACGAGCUGACUCAUGUUUUGCAGUGGAAUGGAAACGGGCAAGCCCCGGGAUGGUUGAUCGAAGGAAUCGCGGACUACGUGAGGUUGAGGUCGGGUUAUAUUCCGAGCAACUGGGUAAAGCCAGGAGGAGGGGAUAGCUUCUACGAAGGGUACGAUGUUACUGCAAGAUUUCUUGAUUAUUGCACUGGCUUGAGAAGUAACUUUGUCGCUGAACUCAACAAGAAAUUGAGGCCGACUGGUUACGUUGACGAUUACUUCAGACAGCUUCUGGGAAAGACCGUUUAUCAGCUCUGGGACGACUACAAGCGCACUUAUGCAGGCUAGGGAGCUAUAAACUACUUUAGCUUCCUAUAUAUAUAUGAACGCAUGCAUACAGCUUCUUGGUUAAUGAAUGAAUUAAUAACUUAUAAAAUGUAUUAAGAAUAAAUAAAUUACCUAUAAUAAAUACUAAUAAUGCAGCUUUGAAUCGGUUGUAGACCAGGCCAUCCAUGCCCGGCCAGCCGUUGGAAAAUGCGAUUUGCUAUAGCUGUUAAUAAUACAUGGAUAAAUUUCAUGAA